ACGCCGGUGAUCGUUGAGCGCGCGGAACGCGGAAGCGGGAGUCAGUCAGUCAGAGUCAGUGCACUAAAGUUUCCCGAGGAACAAGAUCAGUUGCAGGAGACAAACAUGUGGCCGAAUCAAGGACCUCCGGUUCAGCCGCCCAAUCCUGCCUAUCCGGGACCUCCAAACCCUGGAUAUCCAGGCAUGCCUAUCCCAUCACACCCCGGACAGAACCCUGUCUAUCCGCCCGGCAUAAACCAGCCCAACACCAUCCCGUACAUGACCCCGAAUCAACAGCCUUUCCCUCCCGGUGCUCCCGGUCCGCAUGGCCCGUAUCCCGGAGCGGGUCAACAGUACCCCGGCCCCUAUCCCGGAGCGGGGCAACCGUUCCCCGGACCGUAUCCCGGACCUGGGCAUCCGGGACCGUAUCCCGGAGCUGGGCAUCCGUGCCCCGUCCCGGCUGGAAUGAGUGUACCUGGUCAUAAGAAACACAAAAAGAUGAAAAAGAUGAAGAAAGGGCAUAAAGCUCAUAAAGCUAACAAGGAACAUAAACAUAUGAAACAUGGCAAGCAUUCGUCCAGCAGCAGUAGCAGCAGCAGCAGCAGCUCUGACUGAAGAUCAGCUCCACAACAUCAUUCAUGCACUAAUACACAACUUAAAUGCCUCUUUUCCUAAUGAAAACCAUGUCUAAUUUCCAGUGUCAGGGCAAACGACAGACAAACUGCCCAGGAGCAAUAAAAUAGAUAAUCACAUUAAGUUUUAAAUAUA